AUGGAUUUGCGCUGGGCUCUCACAGAAGAAUGGUCCAAAGAGCAGGGCAACUUCACCAUUUGGGAUCAGGCACCUGACGACGCUGAAGCCGAAUUCAUCUAUAUCACACCAACUACCGAAAACGACGCAAGCCUCGAGAAAGACAGCGCAGUUUCCGACAUAGGACGUCGACAAGAGAUCGAGCCAGGCGUAUCGCCAGAACAAGCGGAUUUCGAUGAUGUCAAAAGGCCUUACAGGUGCGAUGAGUCGAAUCUAGCACCGGUCGAAGUAUGCAAGAUCCUCCUCUGGGAAGUUCAGCCUGCACUGGCACGGUACACGACAAAGAAGAAGCCGCGUCGGUACUGCCUUGACCACGAGAAAGGCAAGUGCUGCAUCGGCCACCGAAUAGGCCCAGCACAGAGGGCGAAUAUCAGACAAGGAACAUUCCCACGGUUAGGCGAGGCCUUGACGAAGCUCAUCUACUUCUUGUAUGGUAUUGAUGGUACUGCGUGGGUUGAUAAUGGAUUUAUCGCCGACCCAGUGGAAGAUACCUAG